AUGCCCCCGCCCACCCGCCGCAUCGCGCAAAUCGUCCACCUCAAACCCGCCGCCGUCGCAGCGUACAAAGAAUGCCACGCCAAUGUCUGGCCCGAGGUGCUGCGGCAGAUCCACGAGUGUAAUAUCCGGGAUUAUUCCAUCUUCUUCGACAACGAGCGGACGUUGUUCGCGACGUUUAAGUAUAUCGGGGAGGAUUAUGAGGGGGAUAUGGAGCGGAUGCGGGCGAAUCCCAAGAUGCGCGAGUGGUGGGCGAUGACGGAUGGGAUGCAGGAGAGUCCAAUCCCUGGGGCUGUGGGUAGUGCUGAGGGUCCGGGUUGGUGGAAGGUGUUGGAUCAGGUGUUUUAUACGGAAUAG